CGCGCUCGGCACCGAAAAUGGCGCCCCACGUGUAAAAAAUUAUUUCGUUAUCCGCGGGAGUUUGACCACACUCUACAACACAACCGAACAAGUUUCAGUUUGUGUCAGGGUUACUUUAUUGUAUUAACUGGAAAAUUAAAUCAUGGCAUGUAAAAAUCAUAUAAACACACAGGACGAGUCUACCAGACAGAAGGUUUUUGUCGUAAAUGAGAAAGCAGUAUCAGGAAAGGAUGGGAUUGAGGCUCGAGUUGUUAAAUUGAGACAUCCGAAAACAGAUCAAGGGGCAGUGUACCUGUUCUCUCCAGAUGGAAAAAUUGUAUCUGAGGUCUUACAGUUUAAAGAACCAUAUCGUUCCUGGUUUAUUGGUGACAGUGUUCAGUCAGAUGGAAGCUUUUCUCUUUGUACACCUGUGGAUCCCAUCUUUCUGAUAUUACCAUAUCUCAUCAAAAGCAGCCAGAAUGGCAAGUUUCAACUUCUAGACCAGGUUUUGAUGGAUGACGAGUUCCCACAGUGCUGCCAUCUACUAAAUUGUUCAGGAAUAAGUGGCUUGGAUAUGAUAACAGAUACAAAAGGUGAUGCAGAUUUGAAGGCAUACAGAUUUAAUCAGGACAAGUGUCUAGAAUUUCUUAGACAAAAGGUAGAACUAACAGCAUCACAUCUGAAGAAAACCUCUGUUAAUGUGUCUGCUGGUUCUCAAGCAGCUGUAUUUGUAAAAACUGCCACUGAAGGUGAGUACAAGAAAUAUGCUUGUGACCUGAUAGCAGCUUACCUCUCUGUUGAGUUUGCAAAAAAGCUACAUUCAUAUCUUGGCACUGAAGAUAAGACUGAUGUUAAGAAGGAAAUCCUAUCAUCACCAGAAGACCAGCCUCCUACGAAGAGAAUAAAGAUGGAAAAACAAUGCUCAGAACCCACGGAAGACUACAGUAAGACAAGUGGAAACACAAAGACUCUUAGUGUUGGCAAGAUGAGCAGAGGACAGAAGGUACUGAGUAAAGUCGACAAGAGUGGUAUGAAAAGCUUGUCUAGUUUCUUUUCACCGAAGGUUGGAGCAAAGAAGUAACCAGUUGCAACAGCAUCAUUUAGCAUUGAGAGAGUAACUGGUUUGGUACAUGUAGCGGUUGGUCGCUCAGGCAACCCGAUAGAUUAACGGUGAAUAUAUAGCAUUUCAUUUAUUUUGUUCACUGUGACCUUGUAAUAUAAUUUGUAUAUAACGUCUUUGAAUCAGUCACUGCUAGCAGGAGCUGUAUUCCUUGUUAAAAAAUGACCAAAAGUCAUUGAAAUGUGUUUGUACACAAUCCAAGCCAACAGUCACUUGUUUAAUAUUGACAAGAGUUCUUACAUUCACUUUUUUCAACUUGUCUGUACAAUAAAACGUUUCGAUCGUACUCAUCUCACUAGUACAUUGUGAUAUACCAUCUCUGUAGAAUUACUCACAUGUACUUUCAUCACUUCACAAUAAAUAAGGACUGCAGCUUUCACGUAAAUG